AUCCUCGAGACCCGUCAGACUGGGGAAGGGGCAGGGGGUCGGGAUCGCCCCUGUGGUCACCAGGCUGGGGAAGGCUCUGGAUCGCCAGCCGGAUCCCCCUGAGCACGUGGGGCUGGGGAAGGGGGUGCAGGGUCGGGGUACCCCUGGGAUCUCGCACCAGGAUCCCCUAGAGCCGCUGGACUGGAGGCAGGUGCUGGUGCUGGGACUGGACGGGGCCGGGAAGAGCAGCGUCCUGCACUACAUCUGCAGCCAGACGGCCAGGGAGCGCAUCGCACCCACCCACGGCUUCAACUCUGUCCAGCUCUACGUCGAGGGGCUGGAGAUGGACCUGCUGGAGGUGGGCGGCAGCCAGAACCUGCGAGCGUACUGGCCCCACUACCUGAGCCAGGCUGACGUGCUGGUGUUCGUGGUGGACUCGGUGGACAGGUCACGCCUGCUGACGGCGCGCCAGGAGCUGCACACGCUGCUGGCUGCAGAGCCCCGGCUGCCCCUGAUUGUGCUGGCCAACAAGCAGGACAAGAGCGAUGCCCUGAGCGCAGCAGAGCUGCAGGAGGAGCUGGCUCUGCACACGCUCAGCGAGCAGCGGGAGCUCUUCCUCCUGCCCACCAGCGCGACCUGGGCCAGCCUGAGCACUGCCACCAGCGUCCUCCGCGUGAAGAACCUGCUGGUCACCCUGCUCUCCCAGCCCUGA